AUGUGCUAUUUGAAUACAUUCUAUGACUAUGUUGGAGUAGUGAUUUCCACGAUGUUAGUGUUUUCGUGUGUCUAUAGUUGUAUAGAAUCUCCAAAAUUCAUGUGCCAUCUAAACAAUUGCAACACCUCGAAGUCUACGAUUAUGAUAUCUAUGUUUCCUCGAGCAGUUUCUAUCGUAUGUAUGCUAUCCAAAUUAACUGUUAUGUACAACGAUUUAAGUGCGACCAUUAAAUACGAGAAUAACAUCAAAAUGUACGAAAUGUACCAUCCACGGUUGGACGCGGAUAAAGCAAAUUUUCGCAUUUUCGUCAUUGUCAUGGCGUCUCUAUGUACUAUUAUAGUGCUGCCGGUCAAUGUGCUUAGAAUUUAUUUACUCUAUGGUCAAUUCCGAGAUGGCUCAAUGGUUCUGUUUUUUUCAAUAAUGUACAUACAGACUGCAAGUGUGUGUAUUACCGAACUACAGUUUAUCGCUCAUUGUUUCGGAUUAUAUCAAAAAUACCGAUCGAUCAACGAUGACAUGGCCGUUUUGAAGUCCAGAACGAUCGUCACAAACAGAUACCCGGCGGUAUUGAACCCUGGAAAAUAUAACAGCAUUGGUGAUAGUUCGGGUUUUAAUGACGAUUUCUGUCAAGAAAUCAAAGAGUGCCAGCUGGUCAACAGUAUCGAAUCGCUGAAGAUGAGACAUCGGUUCGUCAGCGACUCGGCUAGUGACCUGAACGAUACGUAUAACCUACAAUGGGGGUUGUCUCUGUUUAUUUUACUUGUAAUGAUGUUGUUUGAUAUUUACGAAGUCAUGAUCACGGAAUUUAACAUGAUCGAAAUGAAUUGGAUACUGUAUGUAUGGUUGCUUCAGUAUUCAUUUCGAUUUUGUAUGAUUGUGCUCAUAAUACACGUCACUACAAAACAGGCACUAAAAUCUAAAAUACUUAUUACGGACAUAAGUAAUCGUUAUUUGGACAAGAAUACAAAGGAAGAGAUACAAUUGUUUCUUAAUCAAAUGUGCAGUAGUGCGAUUGAAUUUACUGCUUGCGAUUUCUUCACUUUAAAUAAUCAUCUCAUCACAUCUGCCAUUGCUGCUGCCACGACAUAUCUCGUAAUAUUAUUACAAUUCAACUAG